AUGUCCUACGACUCGACGAUCACAUUCACCCUCGAUACCAUCUGCCCCUGGACAUAUCUCGGCUAUGUGCGUCUGCGCAAAGCGCUCUCCGCGCACCGCGCCGCGCACCCCUCGUCGCCCGUAUCCUUCACGCUGCGCAUCGCGCCGUACCAACUGUACCCCGAAUUUUCGCGCGCCGGCGUGGACAGACACGUCUGGUACCGCGACGAGAAGUACGGCGGCUCCGAGGCGCGCUUCGACAAGUACGCGGCCUACAUGGGUGCGCUGGGCAAGGACGAGGGGAUAGAGUUCGACUUCAGCAGCGGGCCCUUCGCGAAUACGUUCCACGCGCACCGCGUACUGCGGUACGUGCAGGAGCAUCGAAGCGCGGAUGCUGCCGUCGCGGCGCUCGAGAGUCUGUAUCAGCAGUACUUUACGGCGCGCGCGCACCCCAGUAGUCCUGAGACGCUGGUGAAGGCGUGUAUGGCUGCGGGGCUGGAUGAGGACGAGGCGAAGAGGGUGGUCGAGGACGAGAGCGAGGAGGCCAUGGAAACAAAGAUGGCGAUCCGAGAACAGGCCGGGAACGGGGUCGAUAGUGUGCCGUACAUUGUGUUCGAGGGCAAGAGGAGGGACUUCACGCUGAUCGGGGCGAAGGAGGUUGGGGAAUAUAUCAAGACGCUGGAGCAGGUGGUCAAGGAGGCAUCGUAG